AUGCGGAUAAUUCUGAAUUAUCACCUGCCAUUUCGGUCCGUAUUUCUACUACUGUGUACACUAUUAAUAUGCGGGUUUCAAUCUACUGCCAAUCCAUUGAAGUAAGGGCUUUUAAAUAUGAUUUUUUAGGGAUUGUGAGUUAUUGUGGUUACUGUAAUUUUCCAAAAAUUUUUUGAAUUUUUUAAAAUGACGUUGUUUUGUAUGUCAUACCCCUACCCACAAGCCAUAUCUUUACCUUUUUACAAGCAAUCAGUCACAAAUUUUACCAAAAAAUCAUUUUUCAGUGUAAAACAAUGGGCCAACGACCUAUCAGCUCAUCUUCAGGCCAUGUUCGAAACGGCGACCAAACACAAAGAGAUUGUUAGGGUGUGUACUAUAAUAUAACCUUUCUAACUAAUUCUGCCUUAAUUUAGCCGAAAUUAAUGCCUUUCUUUUUCAGAUAUACGAAAAACUGUCCAAUGCUGAAGUUUUCCAGCCUCAUGCUGAAUUACGAGCCGCCAAACGACAAAUCGAAGCUUAUUUGAGGGAUCGAGCCAAAAUGGCUUGGGUAAGUUUAUUCUUUUUGCCGUUUCUUUUUGAAUUUAGAAGUUGUUCUGCGAUCAAAAUAAAAAAAUAUGGUUUUUAAUAUGUCUAGUACAAUAUUCUUUACCCAAAAAUCAUAUUUGUCUUCUUUAUUAUAGUUUAUUUUAAAAAAUACGGAACGAUAUCGGCGCGCGUCAAAAAGAAUUGGCGAAUUUGCCUUGAGUUUGUUAGGAAAAGCGGCCAAUUAUUCUUUUUGACGCGGGCGCAUAAAUUUUGGUUUGAGGCCUGUUUCAGCUAGUUUUUGGGGAUUUUUAGAUAUUUUAAUGAAUGUUAUGUUUUGGCAAUAGAUAUAUGACAAUUUUAAAGUUUAUUAACUUUGUGUUAUCACUUUAUUUCUAGCCUUAUUACAGGAUUUUAGUUUUUAAUGGUUAUUAGUUAGUUUUAAGUUGUUAUUUCUAAUUUUUAGACGAGAAAUAUGCUUUUUAAGUAUUAUAUAAUGUAUUAGGCUAACUUUUAGUUUAAAUAACUUUGGUCUAUCACGUUGAUUUGUGUCUGUUUUGACUGUUUUUAUUUGAUUUUGAGCUGUUCUUGAUGGAUUUUUAGGUAUUUUUAAUGAGUUUUUGACUCUUUCUACGCCAGAAAUUUGGUUCUUAGGUAUUAAUAUACAUUUAAAAGACUUUUAAGUUGAUUUUCUUGAGCUUUUUCACUCGAUUUUUUGCUUUUUUUGAUAAUUUUUUUUAUCAAUUUUAGAUAUUAAACUUGGUGUUUUUGGCCGUUUUUUGGUGAUUAUUAGCUGUUUCUUGCCUUAUUUUAGCUUUUCUUCAUCAUUAUUUUAAUUUUUCUAUAUUUAUAUAGCUUUCCUGCCAUUUUCAGUACCUACAUCAAUAUAAAAUUUACUUUCAGGACGCGAAGAUCAGCUUAGAAUCUCGUGAAGUUCGGAAUAUAUCAGACGAAUCAGUUAACGACCAAUAUUCGGCCGAAUUCGUUAGGUAUUUGGAUGCCAAAACGGAAGGAGAAGCUGCUGUUGUCUACCAGGAUGGUCAUCUAGGUGAACCGGUGUAUGUGAACAAGACGAGGGACUACGAACUCAAGCCGAAUGUCAACUUUUAUGGUGUCAGGACGAGUUCGGAGUCGUCGGCCGUUCAUAUCCCUACCCCGGUUUAUAAGCGAAGUAAGGGUUGUUUUAGUUUUUUUUUGAUAGGAGGGGCAGAGCUAGGGUAUGGCGGGGGGGGGUAGGGAAGGCGGGGAGAUAGAGUAUUCUAGGGUCUGAUAGGACAGGGUUGGGUAGGGUAACGUAGGGGAAGAGUAAGAUAAUACAGGGAUGUCAGGCCAGUGCUGGGCUGAGCAGGUCAGGCAUGGUAGGUUAGGGUAGAUCAGGACAGGGAAUGCAGAUAAAGCAAUUCGGAGUAGGGUAGGGCAAGAUAGGGUACCGUACGGCAAAAUAGGAUAUGGUAGGGAGGAGUAGAGUAGGGCACACCAGGGCCCAGUGGGGCAUGGUAGGGUAGGGUAGGAUAAGGUAGGGUAAAGUAGGGUAGGGUAAUAGGGUAGGGUAGAGUAGUGUAAGGUAAAAAACUUUUAAUAAAAUAAAACCUAAUCUUUUAUUACCCAAAAAACUUACCACACCUCCACUUCCAGACCCAUACGUUCUAAAAAGAAUCGACUGGUCGAAUGUGGAUCAAGUGUACCGUCGCAACCGUGAGCGUAUGAAAGACUUGUCAUACCAAAAGUUUUGUUCCGAAUCCGGCUUUAUGCGCUACUUCCCAGCUGCGCCCUGGCGCUGGGAUGCGGAUGGACUGGACUUGUUUGACUGUCGAGCUACAGAAUGGUUUAUCGAUGCCGCCACGAUGUCGAAGAAUGUGCUGAUCAUGCUGGAUUUGAGUGGAUCAAUGUUGGGGCAGAGGUAUGAAAUAGCCAAACAGACGAUUGAGGCCAUCUUGGAGACGUUAUAUGACAAUGACUUCUUCAAUGUGCUGGCGGUGAGUUAUUUUUUUAAGGGUAUGGGCGGGUAUGAAAUUAAUUUUUAAACAGUGUAGGGGGUGGUCUAGACUAGAUAAGGCAUGGCAGGGUACAAAAUUAAUUUUUUUAUAGCACGGGUAGCGUAGAGCUAGGGUAUUUGAGGCAAGGAGGGGGUCGGGUAGGGUAAGACUAGGGGUAUGAUAUUAAUUUUGUUUUGGCAGAAUUGGGCUAGUUAGGGCAUGGGCGGGGUAAAAAAUUAAUUUUUAAUGGAACAGGUAGGGAUGGUCUAGUUAGGGCAUGGGAGGGGUAUGAAAUUAAUUUUUCUAUGCCAGAUAUCAGGCUGACCUAAAUUUUUCAAAUUUGUUACCUGAUUUUUUAUUUUUUUCAGUUUUCAAAGAACGCUCAAUUCCUGGAUGACUGUGCCAGUGACACUUUGAUUCAAGCCACGAUGAGAAACAAGAAGUUGAUCUGGAGUAAGCUAGCCAAUGUCACAGCUGAAGGCAAAGCAGAGUACGAAAAGGCAUUGGCCAAGGCUUUUACUACGCUUAUGAAUGUGAGUUUUAUUGUCAUAGUAUCUUAUAGUACUGUAAAAAUGUUAAAGUACUAUAUAUACGCAAGGUAUGGUACUAUAUAGUACUGUGAAAAAUAUCUAGUACUAUGUAAACUCAAUUAGUAUGAUGCUAUAUAGUACUACAUAGUUAAAUAUAGUACUAUAUAGUAUUAUACUACUUUUUGACUUUUGGUACUGAAAUUUGAAACACUAUAAGGUCUCAAAAAAGUCUUGUCGCCAAAUUACAUUGAAUUAUAUAAGUAAAAGCGACAAGACUUUUAUAAAACCUUUGUAUUAAUGUAAAAAUGAGUGUUUUGAUGCAAAAAUAACUGCCAAAGUAAGAUCAGUAACGCUGUUUUGCAAUAUAAUGCUUUAUAUGUAUUUACAUGUAUAACAUAAUAUAAAAGCAGUGUUUGCUUGAUAUUAACGCUUAUAACGCUUCAAUGGUAAUUUUUUAAAAUUAUUGACCCUAAGGGUCUUUACAGCAGAUUUUUUGAAUUUAGCUGUUUUUAUUGCUUACUAACAUAUAAAAAUGGUCAUAAACAUUAGUAUUAAGGUGUUUUAGUGACAUUUUAUACGAUCAAAAGUGUUUUAGUGACAUUUUAUACGAUCAAAGAUGUUUUAGCGAAAUUUUAUACGAUCGAAAGUAUCUUAGUGACAUUUUAUAUGAUCUAAGGUGUUUUAGUGACAUUUUAUACGAUAAAAGGUGUUCUAGUGAUAUUUUAUACGAUUAAAGGUGUUUUAGUGACAUUUUAUACGAUAUAAGGUGUUUUAGUGACAUUAUAUACUAUCAGAGGUGUUUUAGUGACAUUUUAUACAAAAAACUCACUACAUAACCAUAUGCUAAUGUAAGACUGUAAAAAUAUGCUUAAAAGUAAUAUAAACUGCCAUAACUAAUGAAACGCUUAAUCUCACGCUUUGAACUGUUUUGCUUCGCUUAAGCUUAAACCAUCACAACUGGAAUGGCGCACGAAAGAGGAAAUCGACCGGGAAAAGGACGAGGGCGGGGGUUUGGACCCGCAAAAACAAUAUAUUCAACUGAACGAACACUUCCUGGUCGUUGAUCGCAGCUACAUCGACGCUGUAGGUGGUCGCUGGUGUUGUGUGGUCCGAUUCUUUGUUGCUCGCUAGCUGAAAUUUUGCGUUUGUGUGACAUUUUGUUCACUUUUUAUUGGUUUUUGGGGUUUGUGACAUUACGUUUGUUUUGUAUUGGUUUUUGGGUUUAUGUGACGUUUCGUUCACUUUGUAUUAGGUUUUUUGUGUUUUUGACAUUGCGUUUACUUUGUAUUGUUUUUUUUAAAUUUCAAAUUUUUUGACUAUUUUAUAAUGGUUAGUGUUUGAAAAUGUUAUAUUCGUUUAUUUUACCAAUUUGUGGUCUUGUGAGAUUUCGUCCACUUAGUAUCGAUUUUUGGAUUUAUUAAAAAUUUUAUAUUAUAUAUGAUAAAACCUAUUACUGAUAGCAUUUUUGAGUAACUUUUUGCAUUGUUUUAUUUUGUGACAUUUCGUUUACUUGGUAUUGAUUUAGAGUAAAGCAGAGUUUGGUGGAGCAGGGCAUUGCGUAUUUUUUAUCAGGGUUUAAAUUACAGAUUUUAUAGUUUUUCUUCGUAUUUUACUAUACUUUUUGUUUUUGACAUUUCGUUCAUUUUGUAUCGAUUUUUUUGAAAUUGUUUUUAACGUCAUCAUUUUGUGCCCUUACUGUGCUGUAACACUGUAAUUUAACCUUACUAACACAAAAUAUAAGUUAAAAACACAUUUUUUUAGUUGUACUAUAUUGUACUGGUACUAUUUUUUAGUUGUACUCUACUGUACUAGUACUAUUUUUUAGUUGUACUCUACUGUACUAGUACUAUUUUUACUUGGUGUAUUACCAUCUUGUACCCAUAUCGUUAUCAUUAUGUUUUUGAUUAAAAUGUUGUCCAAACUUUUUCAGAUUUUACCUUAUUUUAGUUUAAAAUUGACAUAAAUAAUGCAGGUUAUACUGACGAUAUUGUUUUAGAUCAACAACUUUAGUGGAAACACCAAAAUGGGCUGCAAUGAUGUUAUCAUGCUUAUCACUGAUGGUGCACCCGACUUUUACAAAGAUGUCUUUGAGCUUUAUAAUAAGCAUAAGCAGGUGGGUAAUUUUUUUUGUGAUAUGGGACCUCUAUAGUAUAGGGGAAUCGGAAAUGUUAGAGCAAUAUAAUGUACAAUAUACUGCAGAGGUACUGAAGGGUAGGGUAGGAUGGGUUAAGUUAGGGUAGGUUAAAGUAGGGGCUAAUGUAGUAGAGGUUACGGUAGCCUCAGAUCAGUAUAAGGUACUGUAGACCUUAUAUUAAGGUUUGGCAGUUCGAAGUGUAAUAGGUAAUAUUGAAUGUGGCAGGGCAAAUUAUUUUAGUAAUAGGGCAUAGGGUACGGUAGGCAUAGAUAUGUAAAGUAUACGGCAGGGCUACUGUAGUAUAGAUUGUGAUAGCUUUAGAGCAACACGGUGUACGGUAGGCUUUGAGUAGUUGGGUAAAAUAUGGUACUGUAUGGUAAUGUAGAGUAGGGUAGGGUAUGGUUGGGCAGGGUAGAGUAGGGUAAAGUGUGGUUGGGUAGGGUAGGGUCGGGUCGGGUAGGGUAGGGUAAUGUUGGAUAGGGUUGGCAGUAAUAACAUUUUUUUUAAUUUAAAAAACCAUAUUUUAGGUCCGGUUCUUCUCGUUUUUGGUAGGAGAAGAAGCGACAGACUUUGAACAAGUCCGCUGGAUGGCCUGUAACAACCGUGGCUUCAUGGUUCAUAUCAGUAAUUUGGCUGACAUUUUGGAGAAAAUUCAACAUUAUGUUAGGGUACUGUCAAGGCCUAUCAGUCAUCAAGCUACCAAUAUCAAUCAAGAAAGUGCCGUUUGGAGCAGCAUUGCUAGGGAAAGAAUGGUAAGAACUUUCUUUACAAAUCUUAAAAUUGCAAGAACUUUCUUUACAAGAAGAAAAAUGGCAAAAACUUUUUUUACAAAACAAAAUGGCAAGAACUCUUUGCAAAACUUAAAAUGGCAAGAACUUUCUUUGCAAAACUUAAAAUGGCAAGAACUUUUUUUACAAAACAAAAAAUGGCAAAAGUUGUCAAAAAGAAAUUUUUUUUGCACGGUGCAAUCAGCUUUAUAUUUUGCACAGUGCAAAAUUUUUAAAAAAAAUUUGUUGAACUUUUAUUUGAAAAGCUAUAAAUUAAAAAAUAUUUUUAAUAGAUCGCUACUAUUAUGUUCUAAAUCUUGAACUGCUUUUUAUAGUUCUUUGUUACUUAAACUUUGCAAAUUAAAAAUUUUAAUUUUUGUUGCACGGUGCAAUGGAUCAUAUCGAUUGCACCGUGCAAAAAAUAAGAAAAAGACAAAUUAUAUGACAAAACUUUUUAGAGUAACGAAUUUGUGAUCUCAGUGGGAUAUCCAGUGAUAGUGGAAGAGGCUAUUAUGGGCGUGGCAGCGGUCUCAAUACCUCUAAUUGAGGUACAACAGAUCGCUCAUCCAUCGUAUAUCGGGUCGACUAGCUAUUACUUUAUGUUAGACAACAAUGGCUAUACCAUGUUUCAUCCACAGUUGGACCAGUUUGUGAGUUUUUCGAAAAUUUUAACGUGAAGUUUUAUACGAUAAAAAGUGUUUUUUGUGACAUUUUAUACGAUAAAAAGUGUCCUAGUGACUUUUUAUACGAUCAAAUGUGUCUUCAAACUAAAAAUGACAUUUCUUAUAUUACCCUACUUUCAGGACACAGUAACCGGUGAAGUCAAGCCAAUUUUCAACAAUUUGGACUUCUCCGAAGUCGAAGUAACACCCCCAAUGCACAAGAAACCCAAGCCCGGCUUCAUUAAUUGUGAUGACACUGGAACAAAAGAGCUUACUGUAUUAUUCUCAACAGAAGACAUUCGAAGGGUCUACGUUCAGAAGAACACUUAUCACUCCGAAUGCAUCGAUGGAACUCAGUUUACGUAAGUUUUCUAGUUUUUUUACUGUACUACUGACUCUUAUCUUACUGGGUUAUUCUAUAGUAGGCUUAGGCUUGGACUUAUUACUAGGAGGAGAUCAAAUCUUUUGGUUUAGAAGACUUAGGCUUAGUAAGUUUGGGCUUUUGUUCGGUAAGUUUUGACAUAAUAGAGCUUGGCUUGGUAGACUCAAGCUUAUUAUCAAGCACAAUCAGCAUAGACUUAGUCAGCUUUGGCUUAAGCUUAGGCUUAUUAGUAUUAGGUUAAAUUGGCGUAGUAUGCUUAGAAUUAGUAGCUUUGGGCCUACUAGGGUCAGGCGUAGUUUUUUAGGUCUAACAGACUAGACAGCUUAGGCUUAUUAGACGUAGGCAUAGCCAGCUUAGGUUCAGUCGAGUCAAGCUUAGUAGGCUUAGGCUUAGUAAACUCAGACAGCUUAAGCUUAGACCGCUUAGGUCAACUUAGGCUUAGUAGCCUACGGCGUAGGAGGCUCAAGUUAAGUUGGCUCAGGCUUAGUUCGUUUUGGUUUAGGCAGAGUCUAUUUAAAAUUAGGUUUAGUUGAUGCAGUUUUAAACUUCUUAUAAACUAAAAGAUUUUCAGGCUAGGCCUAGCAGUAGCGGAGGGAGAUGAAGUGCGUCUGAGCCGCAAAGGUAUGAUCGACUGGAAUUCGGUUGAUUUGGAAUGGAUGCGAGGUAAAAACUGGCGAAUCCAUCCCAAAUGGCGUUACUGCCUCCUCAAUGACAGUGAUACCGACUUGGGUCCGGAGGCGGCGUUCCAAAUCUAUGCUAAACAUAUGAGAGAUUACGGCGAACUGCCGGUAUUGUGCCGUGCCAGGCGGCGUCUCAUCGACCGGUUGAUUCUGGACCUUCAAGCCAGCACGGAUUUCGGCCAGUUGUGGGACGAGGAGUGGUCGAAGAACAAAGAAAAUGGCAUUCAUUUGACCUUCUUCGCUGCGCCAAGUGGAAUGAUAAGAUUCGCUAAUCAGAGUUUGGAGGAGUUCGCUUACGAAAAGGCUAUGCCAGAUCAGGAAUUCAAAACAUAGUAGGUUUUGGAGGGAUUUUUUGAUUUUUUAAGUGGAGGUGGAGAGUGGGGGAAGGGGGGGGGGUGGGUAAUAUAGGUGGUGAUGAAGGGCUUCUUUUGGUAAGGAACGGGUACAAUUGGGCGAGUGAGUAGCAAGCAGGUAAUGACAGAGUUGGGGUAGGGAUAGAAAUAGGCCAAGGCUAAAAAUGAACAAAGAUAGGGCUGAUAUUGGCUAGUGUAAGGGUAAAGCUUGGUCCUAUGGAAGGAGGGGGGGGGGGGGUGAAUAGGCUUUGGUUUAAGGGUAGGUAACAAAGAGCGUGCAUUUAGAUGCACUUCAGUAAUAGUAUAGGAAUAGCAUUGGGCAAGGGGAGGGCUAGAAAUGGAUACAAACAGGGGUAGAUAAUAUGGGUAAAGGUUGGGGUAGAUAUGGGCAAGGGUAGGGAUAGAAUAAGUUUUUUAUAAUAAAAUUUUGUUAGACUAGGUUAGCGGUACAGUAUGGUGUAGGUAGAGUUGGGUAUAGUGAAGUUGUUGUGGGGCAUGUUAGGGUAAAGCUAGGUUAAUAUAAAGUAAGGUAGGGUAUCGCAGUAAAGGGAAAGGCAGGUUAUAUUAGGCCGUCGUAGGGCAGGGUAAAGUAGGAUAGGGUAGCGUAGGGUAGGGUAAAGUAAGGUAGGGUUUAAUAACGUACGGUAUAGGGUUGUAGGACAGGUUAAUUUUAAUUUUUUUCAAUUUUCAGCGGGUAUCGACACUUUGUGUUGGAACAAAACACAAAUUCGGUGGAAGACGAGUAUUACAAACGGGCAGUUAGGCAAAAAGGAAAGAUUUUAUUCGAUAUUAACAGGGGAUGUAAGUUUUUUUUAAAAUUUUUUUUCAGGUUUCGAAGGUUAAACUUUCUUUUAAAAUUUUUUAUUUUUUUACUUUUAAUUUUAGCUCAUUUAUGGUACAAAAAGCCAGAAAACACAUUUUUCGGCCACAAAGAGAACGUCUCACUGCUUGGCCUAGCCUACAAAGCCGUCUAUACGAACGACGCUUUGGUUGGAGUGGCUGGCGUUGAGUUCUUAUAUGAUAAACUGGCAGAGAGAAUGAAGGAAUUCGGAUGCAAACCUGAGGUAAGUGUAAGAACCUUCUUUACAAAACAUGAAAUGGCAAGAACUUUCUUUACAAAACAUGAAAUGGCAAGAACUUUCUUUACAAUACAUGAAAUGGCAAGAACUUUCUUUACAAAACAUGAAAUGGCAAGAACUUUCUUUACAAAACAUGAAAUGGCAAGAACUUUCUUUACAAAACAUGAAAUGGCAAGACCUUUCUUUAAAAAACAUAAAAUGGCAAGAACUUUCUUUACAAAACAUGAAAUGGCAAGAACUUUCUUUACAAUACAUGAAAUGGCAAGACCUUUCUUUAAAAAACAUAAAAUGGCAAGAACUUUCUUUACAAAACAUGAAAUGGCAAGAACUUUCUUUACAAUACAUGAAAUGGCAAGAACUUUCUUUACAAAACAUGAAAUGGCAAGAACUUUCUUUACAAAACAUGAAAUGGCAAGAACUUUCUUUACAAAACAUGAAAUGGCAAGACCUUUCUUUAAAAAACAUAAAAUGGCAAGAACUUUCUUUACAAAACAUGAAAUGGCAAGAACUUUCUUUACAAUACAUGAAAUGGCAAGAACUUUCUUUACAAAACAUGAAAUGGCAAGAACUUUCUUUACAAUACAUGAAAUGGCAAGAACUUUCUUUACAAAACAUGAAAUGGCAAGAACUUUCUUUACAAAACAUGAAAUGGCAAGAACUUUCUUUACAAAACAUGAACUGGCAAGAACUUUCUUUACAAAACAUGAAAUGGCAAGAACUUUCUUUACAAAACAUGAAAUGGCAAGAACUUUCUUUACAAUACAUGAAAUGGCAAGAACUUUCUUUACAAAACAUGAAAUGGCAAGAACUUUCUUUACAAAACAUGAAAUGGCAAGAACUUUCUUUACAAAACAUGAAAUGGCAAGAACUUUCUUUACAAAACAUGAAAUGGCAAGAACUUUCUUUACAAAACAUGAAAUGGCAAGAACUUUCUUUACAAAACAUGAAAUGGCAAGAACUUUCUUUACAAUACAUGAAAUGGCAAGAACUUUCUUUACAAAACAUGAAAUGGCAAGAACUUUCUUUACAAAACAUGAAAUGGCAAGAACUUUCUUUACAAAACAUGAAAUGGCAAGAACUUUCUUUACAAAACAUGAAAUGGCAAGACCUUUCUUUAAAAAACAUAAAAUGACACACUAUUUACAGGACGAUACUCAGCGUUGUUUCCUAAUCGACGAGCAUGCUUAUGUUGUCUACAGUAGUCAAAAGGAGACAGAGUAUACCAAAGUGGUCAAGAAUGAAACGAGACAAAGCCAGAAGACAGUGUUGGGAUCAUUCUUUGGCCAUUUGAACAGAGUUACCGAGUGGACAAUGGAGGUUUUGAUCAAAAAAGGAUUUUACUCAGAGUAAGACUUUUUGAAAUUUUAAAAUACAAAAAAAAUUUUUUGAUUAAAAUGUUACCAAAAGAGCUGGAAAAUAUGAAAAAUGGUACCAUAAUUCGCCAGUUGGUAAAAUCAGUUUUAUAAAUUUUAAAAACAAAAUAUAUGACACAUUUGAUGACGAUAUUGUUAUAGAUCAACGUACUGGGACAACCAAGCCAUGUGUGAUGUGGUCGAACCUACAGCUGCUUCUAGUUUCAAAAUUAAUGUAAGUUAACCCAGAGCCCUAGCCCAGAGCCUUAGCACAGAGCCAUAGCCCUAGCUCAGAGCCCUAGCCCAGAGCCCUAGCCCAGAGCCCUAACCCAGAGUACUAGCCUAGAGCGCUAGUCUUAGCCCAAAGCCUUAGCCCAGAGCCCUUGCUCUCAGCUCUAGUUGUCUUUGGCUUGCCGUGACUCUAAUCAUUUGUAAGAUGCUUUACAGUACUCUAACUUAGUCAUUAUCAACUCCUCUUACCCUGGCCCCCACUCUUAAUUAUAAAUCUGGCCUCGCCCUGCCUAUACACUAUUUUUAUCAUAUCCUUAUUGUACCUAUAUCUUGCUUUUUAUCUUACCCUGCCCAGCAGAAGACGAAUUUUACUUUGUCCUGUUCUAAGUCUUUCUCAAUUCUACUUUACCCUAGCUUUAACUGCAUUCUAUCUUAUCGCUUCUAACAUAAUAUUGUUUCCAGACCAUCUACCGCCAGCUCAUAACCAUCUUAAAAUACUUCUACCGUCAAGCCCUCAAGCUAAUGUCAUCAAUAUCAAUGUCACCAACAACAGCCUUAUCAACCUUCUUCGCUGUCCAACCACGACCAGCCGAAGCUUUCACGACCACUUUUAAACCGACCGUUGGCCGAUUGCCUUGCCGAACCAAGUCCAAGUUUUAUUUGGCCAAUACGGAACGGAAAGGAACGGCGACAGCAGCGUUAUUGGAAGAAAACUACGCGGAACGACCGUGCAAACAGAACGCUGCUCAAUGUGCUGUGUAAGUUUUUGAAAUUUUAAAAAUUUUUUGAUUUGUAAAGAAAGUUCUUGCCAUUUCAUGUUUUGUAAAGAAAGUUCUUGCCAUUUCAUGUUUUGUAAAGAAAGUUCUUGCCAUUUCAUGUUUUGUAAAGAAAGUUUUUGCCAUUUUUUGUUCUGUAAAGAAAGUUCUUGCCAUUUUAUGUCUUGUAAAGAAAGUUCUUGCCAUUUUUCUCAAUAAAAGGUAAUGACAUGUUAUUUUUAGAAAAGUAUACGCCUCAUGGGUAGAAAACACUAACUUAUUAAUGGUGGUGAUAAAACAAGGACAACGAUCGUCCUGCUACGAUGAUAAACACUGCCCAUUGGCCAAAACAGUGCCAUUCGGCUUCGAACGCCUAACGCCGAGUGAAGUAAAACAACGGGAAAAACAACGGUAGGCAGGAAUUUUCUUUACAAAAUGAAAAAUAUUAUGAAUGUUGCCUUAGGAAGUCAAAAUUAAAGUUUUUGGCUCGUUUUGAACAAUUUUUGGAAGUGGAAGUUGAGUGGAAGAUUUGCAAUGUAUUUUACACUGAAAAUCUUCCAUCAGACUUUCUUUUUCAAAAACUUCUAAAAUGGCAUAAAAACGUUUUUAACAAUUUUUGGGAUUGGAAGUUGAGUGGAAGAUUUGUAAUGUAUUUUGCACUAAAAAUCUUCCACUAAACUUCCACUUCUAAAAAGUGUCAAAAACGUGUUUUUAGCUCGUUUUAAGACAUUUUAAAAAUGGAAGUUGAGUGGAAGAUUUUUAGUGCAAAAUACAUUACAAAUCUUCCACUUAACUUCCAUUAUUUUAAAAAAGUUGCGAAAUGUAUUUUUCUGUGUGUAACAUGUUUCCCACAGCCUGCGGAACUUAAAAAAUGACAAAAAAUAUAAAAAAAAACCACCCAAACAACCCCAAAAAACAAAACAAAAACAACCAUAGAAACCACAAAAACAGAAUAAAAGGACCAUAAAAUGGAUGAAAAAAGAAAAAAAAAUGAAAAAAAAAGUUGAAAAAAAAACACGCCUCUGAUAAAGAAAAUUACAGUUUGGGUAGUGGCGAACUGGACGAUGAUGAUGAAGGUCCGCGAAGCCAGUGCCCUUCCACGAAACCUCAUCAUCGCAAAACCGUGGCCCAGUGCUUAAGAGAGCCGGCCAAGUUGAAAGAACUGGACCCGGAGCUCCGACCUUGCUCAAUGACCUCAAACACUAUCAUAUCGAGUGCUUUGGUAUUAGGCGCUCUAGUGCUAUUAGUCUAA